AAGAAAUGUGUAGAUUUUCUAAGUGCUCCAUCGGCCAAUCAGAUUGACGCAUAACCAACAACAACAUUGGAUUUGGAGAAGAAGACAUGGGCUGAGAUUCCACGAUCGUUUAGCGUUUGUUCUUUGUCAGGCGAUAUUCAGAAAAUCAACACUUCAGACUGAAUUAUGUGAUGCACAUAAGAAUUAUUGGUUAUAAACCAAGUACGAACGUUGAACUAUCGUUUAUUUCUAUUCUCAUCUACACUGCACCGAACAACAUUAUGGGAUUGCCACUCCAACAACUCUUUAUAUCGAGCCUUCUGAUUGGUUAUUUUAUAAAUUUUAGUCAAGCUGUAGUUAUAUCAGAACUAUUAGUAGUUGUAGGUGGAGCUCAAGAACUUAAUUGCCAACUGAACAACACACAAUCUACUACAGUGGGUAUAUGGUAUAAAGAUGAGGAAGUGAUUAGUAGUAAUACGUCAUCUCUACCCAUACACAAUGCUGGACCUAGUGAUACUGGAAACUAUUCUUAUGGUCUAGCAAAUGGAGACCACCUUUGUAAUUUCACUGUUAUUGUAGGAGGUAAUCUCCGAUUAGGAGCAUUAGAAACACUUGGCUGA